CUUCUCCCCCAAAUUUCCAUCGUUGUGGAACAAGUAAUUAAGCGAACCUUAAUGCUUUCCACAUAAACCCUAACCCUAAUUGACACACCUCCAAAUAAUCAACUCGUAUUCAAAGCAACCGAAGAAUGGCGGAGCACUUGGCGUCAAUUUUCGGUACAGAAAAGGACAGAGUGAAUUGUCCGUUCUACUUCAAGAUCGGAGCUUGUCGGCAUGGCGACAGAUGUUCGAGGCUUCACACCAAACCCAGCAUCAGCCCCACUCUAUUGCUUUCCAACAUGUACCAGCGUCCUGAUUCCAUCACUCCAGGUGUUGAUCCGCAGGGUCAACCCCUUGAUCCUCGCAAAAUCCAAGAUCACUUCGAGGAUUUUUAUGAAGAUUUGUUUGAAGAGCUGAGUAAGUAUGGGGAGAUUGAAAGCCUAAACAUAUGUGACAACUUGGCUGACCACAUGGUGGGGAAUGUUUAUGUCCAGUUUAGGGAAGAAGAGCAUGCUGCAAAUGCUCUUCAAAAUCUCACUGGGAGGUUUUAUGCAGGGCGUCCGAUCAUUGUGGACUUUUCUCCAGUGACAGAUUUUCGUGAAGCUACAUGUAGACAGUAUGAAGAAAAUGUAUGCAAUCGAGGUGGUUAUUGCAACUUCAUGCAUUUAAAAAAGAUUAGUAGAGAGUUAAGGAGACAAUUAUUUGGAAGAAGUCGAAGAAGAAGAAGCAGAAGCCGAAGCCGAAGCCACAGUCCCCAUCGCCACCGUGGCUAUGACGAGCGCGGUGGCCGGAGUUCCGGAAGAAGGGCGGCCAGCGGUGAUUACCACGACCGCAGCAGCCGCCGCCACCACAGCCGGAGCCCCGGUCGACGCGGUCGUAGCAGAAGCCCUGGCGGCAAAAGGAACCGGAGUCCGGUCAGGGAAGGCAGUGCGGAACGAAGGGCAAAGAUUGAACAAUGGAAUAGGGAAAGAGAACAAGCCGACUCCCGCCCUAAAACCACCAAUGAUAACAACAACAAUAAUAAUAAUAAUAGUAAUGAACAAAAUGGAGAUGAGUAUUAUGAUCCACGUCAGCAGCCACAUCAGCAAUAUGAUGACUAGAUCGGAGUACAGGGUACAGGUUCACCAGGACUCCUGAAACAUGUGAUUGUUUGCAUUUCAAGUUCUUGAAAAAAAAUGUUUACAUUUUUUUUUUCUGGAGAUAGUUUUUAGGGUUAAAUGCAUGGAAAAAAGUACAACAAUCAACAAUUCAUUUCUUUAUUAUAUCAAAAAUCUUGAAAAAUCUACACAAUUAUAGCAGUGUAAUCCAAAUACAAAGCAAUAUAUAUAUUUUUCAAUGUAUAAGGUCAUCAUUUGUAAAACAAUUUGAAAGUAUAAUGCUGUAAUUAGAAAUAUUUUUUUUUCAAGUACAAUGCCUUAUUAAGAAAACAUUUAAAGGAAAAUAUAGUAAUAAACUAAUUGAAACAAAAUGAAAGUAGGAUGUGGUAUACGUCAUAUAUGCAUUAGAUAUGCAAUAAAAAUGAUAGUAAACUGGUCAAGGUCAAGUAAAGAAAAUCAGGAUGGUCAAUGCUGGGAUAUGAGUCUUUAGGUCAUUUUCUUUAUUUCUUUGUUAGGUCGGUUUAGUAGAAGUAUGAGUAGGAGUCUGGGGUUUGUUAGUAAGCAUUGAUGAUUUCAGUUGAAUUGUUUGUUUCUGGGAGAGACUCGGCUUCUCAAAAGCCAAUAACCUUUUGUAUUUUUUUGAUUUUAGUUUGUAAUUUUGCAAUGAAACCCUAGUCUACAUCAAAUACUUGAUGCAGAGUAGGGUUUAAAUGCAUAACUAUAGACUAAAAUUAAAGAAAACAAAGGGUCCUGACUUUCAAGAAGCCAAGUCUCUCCUAGAAACAAACAUUUCAACUGAAUUGAUCUGCUUACUAACAAACCUCAAACUUUUACUUAUACUUCUAUUUAACCGACCAUAUGAAGAAAUAAGGAAAAUGACCUAAAGACCCUUAUCCCAACAUUGACCAAUUUGACUUGCUUUACUUGACCUUGGCCAGUUUACUAUCCCUUUUAUUGCAUAUCUAAUCCAUAUAUGAGGUAUACCAGUGUUAUAAUAAACAUAUAAAUGAAAGCAUGUUGUUAUUUUCUUACAUUUAGCCUUAGUUUCUAUGAUAUCAAUAGGCCUUUUGGUUAUGUUUUGAAGAGAAAUUAGCCUAUUAUGGGUCUUUGCAAGUAAAUUAUGUUGCUAUUUCUUUCAUUAGGAUAGUAGGGAUGAAUUUGUCUAAUGAUGUGUAGAUUUUGUUUUAUUAAAAUAUGUAUUUGAAUUUUGUAUUGCAAUAUAAAUAUUACGAAUAAAGAAAUGUGAUCUUACAUAAUAUUUUAGUUUUGCAGGUUCAGGUAUCCCUGCAUCAAGGAUCAUGCCUUAUUUAUUGGAGCUUACGAUUAUUUUUGUAUACAGGUUGUUUGACUGUGCUAAUCUUGGAAGGAACAAGUUGAAGAUGACGUGGCAUCCUAUUUAUUAUUUCUUGCAGUGUUUGUGUUUUAGUUUCUUCAUGACAGAUGGUGUUUGCGGUUUGUAUCAACAACUUUUUCUGUGCACUUUCUUGUAUGGAAGUUGAAAGAUUUAGCAUUGAUAUGAUUUUUAUAAAUGA